AUGUUUGCCAAGUCUCUCCUUGCCUGGACGGCGGCGCUGGCUUCGCUAGGAGGAGCGUACGCGGAACUCGAUCUCUCAUCUCCGAACAACAUUGCUGUGUAUUGGGGCCAGAACUCAUAUGCAGGAUCAGGGAGUCUGGCUCAGCAAGAUUUGGCAUAUUAUUGUGAUGAUCCGAACAUUGAUGUUCUGAUCCUUGCAUUCGUGAUGCGUGUGAAUGGACAGGGCGGCGUGCCCGAGUAUGACUUCGCCGAUACCAGCAAGGCGUGUCCGUUGUUCAGUGGGACGAAUCUCCGUAAUUGUCCGCAGAUUGGCGACGACAUCACCACGUGCCAGGAGAAGGGCAAAUCGGUGAUUCUCUCGAUUGGAGGCGCGACGUACAGCGAAGGCGGCUUCCAGUCCGACUCGGCGGCGCAGGCCGGCGCCGACUUGAUCUGGCAAACCUUUGGUCCGCCUCCCUCCAACUCCAACAACGUCCUUCGACCCUUUGGCAAUGCCUCGGUCGAUGGAUUUGACUUCGACUUCGAGGCUCCCGUCAGCAAGAUGGCCACCUUUGCCAACCGCCUGCGCACGCUUGCCGACGCCGACUCUUCCAAGCAAUACUUCCUGACCGCGGCGCCGCAAUGCCCCUACCCUGAUCUCGCCGACCAGGAGUUCCUCAACGGACCUGUCGCGAUCGAUGCAGUUUGGGUGCAAUUCUACAACAACCCGUGCGGUCUGACCUCGUUUCAGCCCGGGCAAGAUACCCAGUCAUCUUUCAAUUUCGCGCAGUGGGAUACCUGGGCCCAGACCGUGUCACAGAACAAGAACGUCAAGGUCUACAUUGGCGCCCCCGCCAACACCGGGGCUGCUGGCUCAGGAUACGUCUCGAUCUCGCAGUUGCAGCAGGUCAUUCAGUAUACCAAGAAGUUCGAGUCGUUCGGGGGGGUGAUGUUGUGGGAUGUUACUCAGGCAUAUGGCAAUCAGGGAUACUUGAGUGGGAUUCGCUCGGCGUUGGCGCAAAGUGCCUCGAGGAUUUAUCACAAGUUUCGAUUCCCUAUUUUCGAGUUGGAUUAG